AUGGGAUGUACAAAUUCAAAAGUGGCACCAAUCAAUUUCUGCGACAUUGAUGACGUCAUCAACCAGCCUUCGACAUCAUAUCCCAGAGACGAAAAUAUCAACCCUCAAGAAUUCCUGGCUUAUGAACGAUUCUUGGCCAGUACUGUUCAUGAUGACAGCGAUCAGUCUGACUUCGAUGACGAUGACAACGUCGUCAAGCAAAAACAACCAUCAAUGUCAUACCCACCAGGAAAGAUCAAGAAGAGUUGUGACAUCCUCGUCAUUGAUCAUAGCGAAGACGAGGAUAACUCGGCUCACAUCACUCAAAUCAAAGCACGCCCUGGGGGUGUGGCUUUUGAAGUUGCGAAUAACUUUGACCAUAUCACAGAUGUGACAGACGUCAAAGUCAGCCGUGGGGGCGUGGCUUUCGAGAUCACAGCAGACCAAUCUCUUGCUCCCUCUGCAGAUGUUUCAGAGAUGUCUCUCCCAAGUUCACCAAUCACAACCGUGAGCUGCACACGUCACGCCAAGGAAGGCAUGGCUUUUGAGAUCGAUUUCAGCGAUAACGAGGAGCAGAACCUACAACUCAAGACUCUUAGCAAAGUGACGUCACUCAUUGCCAAAGAUGGGUGGAGCGAGCAUGACAUCAUCAAAGAAACUGACGAUGUAUGGGUUGCCAACAAAGUUCUUGCAAUGAAUGACAAUGCAAAGAGGAAUGAGAAAAGGUUGGCGUCUCUGAGGAAGGCUGAGGAAGAGUUCGACCUGAUGACAGCCACUAUGACAGAGAAAGCCCUUGACAGCUUUCACUACAUCCUGGUGAAGGAGACCUGUACAGAACACAGUCUUCUCAGGAGAGCCCAGUUCAAGGCUUGGCAGAAGAAGAUGAUGCAGUAGAUUGAGCAUGUAAG